AUGGCCACGCCGCCGGUCGCCCCGUCCCAGACCCGCCUGGUGCAAGGCUUCUUGACAAAGCGCGGUCUCAAACUCAAGACGUGGAAGCUGCGCUAUUUUGUCCUGUUCGACAAUCGCGUCCUCUGCUACUACAAGCUCAAGGACUUUCCCACGGCCAAUGCGCGUCUACCAGAGCCGCUGGGCACCAUUGACCUUGCUCGCCCUUUUCGCCUUUUGCUUGGCGCAGCCAUUCCUCCGGUCGAAUGGCCGAGCAACGCCAGCGUUGAGGCCGUCUUUGGACUCGAGACAGCCGAGCGCAUCUUCUAUCUCGUCAGCACUCGGGAAGACUAUCCCACUUGGGCGGCAGCCUUACAUCAGGUGCAACUUGUGAGCUCUGCUGAACACUUCAUCGCAUCAGACACACCAUUAGUUCCAGACGAGAACUCUGAUGCAACAAGGAUAACGAGCUCGGCUGAGCCGCUCAAUAGCCUUGACCACUCCAGCAAACCCGAAGAGGCGGAUGCUCUUGCAGAUCACCCCUAUCUACCCCCAAAUGAUGAUGGCACAGUUCCCGUCAUGCCCAUUUACUCGCAGGUGGACAAGACGAGAAAAGCCGCCAGUCCUGAGCUUAGCCUACACGAGGCACAGCAGGAGCUGCAAGCUCUCGACCUUCGUACUCGUCCGGCCCCACCGGCCGAGGAUGCGCCUGCCAGACGCCGCCCCGCGGCCUAUGAAAAUAUCGAUGUUGGAAGAGACAUCAAUUUCCCGCCUGCCGGUGCCCCUGCUUUGAUCCUUGAGCCCGUGGGCGAUCGGGCCGCAGUUGCACGAGUCAACUACACGGAGGUCACCUUUGAUAAGAACCAGGUCGAGUCAAACAAGCUGCGCGACCCGCCGACCGCCCGCACCGUCUAUUCCCAGAUAGACUUUGACAAAACCAUGCAACCUGCCAGACCUCCAGCUUAUGAGAGCAUGGGUGGGCCAAACUAG